CUGGACCUGAUGAAGCAGAUGGACGCGGGCGACAUGUCCAACUACCAGAGUAACGGGGAGUUUGACCUGGUGGAGUUCACGGCCGCCAAGAACAUCACGUACUACUCGUGCUGCCCGGAGCCCUACCCGGACAUCACCUUCACCAUCAAGCUGCGCCGCCGACCCAUGUUCUACGUGUUCAACCUCAUCCUGCCCUGCGUGCUCAUCAACGGCAUAGCCCUGCUAGUGUUCUACGUGCCCAGCGAGUCGGGCGAAAAGGUCACGCUCGGCAUCUCGGCGCUGCUCUCCAUGACCGUCUUCCUCAUGACCAUCAGGGAGUCGCUGCCGCCCACCGAGAAGACCCCCCUCAUCAGCAUGUACUACGGGGUCACCAUCUGCCUCGUGAGCCUGGCGUCGGGUAUGUCUGUGCUCACCCUCAACAUCCACCACCGCGGCGUGAGGGGGACGGAGGUGCCGAGGCUGAUCAAGAGGAUGGUGCUGGGCGGACUGGCUCGCUUCCUCUUCCUCCACUUCCACCCCCCCGAAGCCGCGCCUCAGCCCCCGCCCCCGCCCCCCCACCACCACCACCACUACCCGUCAGAGGAGAAGAGUAUCCACCUGAAUGACCUGCGGGCAGAGUUAGGGGUGCGCCUUGACCCCCUGCUGAGCGCCGAGAAGUACCACGUGACGGAGGUGGACAACGUGGACCUCUUCAACGUGUCCCCGAAGUUCAACCCGCGCCGCCACGCCCCCCACGGCUUCGACUGCACCGCGCCCACGCCACCCACUCCCACGCAGGCACAGAACUCAGACUUCGAGCAGCAGUUCCUGAGGGUGCUGAACAAGGUGUACCAGACGAUAGAGAAGAACGAGAUGCGGCUGGCGGAGCAGGACAGGAGAGAGGCGACCAGGGUGGAGUGGCAGCAGGUGAGUCAAGGAAAAAUGAAGGUAAAACAGGAGAGGAAAACACAAGAGGAAAAAAGUAAACCAGGGAAAGAUGGGUUAAGGGAAGAGAUUGGAUGCUGGAGGAAGAAAUACGAUGGGAAAAGAGGGAUAAAAAGCUGAAAGGUGUUAAGGGACAAUAUUGGAUGCUGGAGGAAGAAAUGUGAUGGGAAAAAAGGGGUUGGAAAGGAGAAAGAAUUUGGGGAAAGAUAGGUUAAUGGAGAAGAUAGGGUGCUAGAGGAAGAAUUGUGAUAGGGGAAAAAGAGGCUGGGAUGGUGAGAGUAAGAAGCUGAAAAAAGAUAGACUAAAGGAGAAGAUUGGAUGCUAGCGGAAGAGAAAUGAUAGGAAAAAAGGGAGUGGGAAGGGGAAAGACGGGUUAAAGGAAGAGAGAAGAUGCUAGAGGAAGAAAGGGAAAAGGGGGGUUGGAAAGGAAAGAGAAAUGUAAGGCAAGUUGGACUGGGGGAUGAAAGAUGAUGCAGGGAGAAAAAAAGAGAGUAACAUCUUGGCAAUGAAAAAGAAAGGCGAGGGGAAAACAGUGAAGGGAAAAGAAGGUCAAAGGGAGAGGAAAACAUGAUAAGGAAAAAGACGAAUGGAUGAGUAAUGAUGGAUGGGUUAGGAGAGGAGAGAGAUGAUGAUGCUAGGAGAAAAAUGUAAGAGAAAUAAAGGAUGUCGAUAAUGAAAUAAAAAAUGAAAAAAGAAACAGUUGAGGGAAAAGAAGAUUAAAGACAGAGGAAACCAUAACAUGAAAAAGGACGAAUGACUGAGUAAUGAUGGAUGGGUUAGGAGAGGAGAGAGAUGAUGUAAGAAGAAAAGUGUAAGAAAAAAGGACCUUGACAAUGGAAAACAAAUGCGUGGGGAAAACAGUUAAGGGAAAAGAAGAUCAAAGGGAGAGGAAAACAAGGUAUGAAAAAAGACGAAUGGAUGAGUAAUGAUUUAUGGGUUAGGAGAGGAAAGAGAUGAUGAUGCUAGAAGAAAAAUGUAAGAGAAAUAAAUGCAAAGAGAAACAGUUGAGGGAAAGAAGAUUAAAGGGAGAGGAAAACAUGACAUGAAGAAAUACAAACAGUUGAGUAAAGAUGGAUGGGUUAGGUGAGGAGAGAGAAUGAUGGAGGAAUAUAUAUGAAGGAGAAAAGAGGGACUGGCAAUGAAAACGAAAUAUGAGACAAGUCAAGAAGGAAAAAAGGGGAAAAAAUAGGAAAAUACAAGAGAACAAAAGGUAAGGGGAUGAAGACGGAGAGAAAAUGUAAGGAUUCAGAAAGAAGAAAUGUGAGGAAAAAAGAGGAACUUGAGAAUAAAAGACGUGUUAGGAAAAAAGUUAGUAAGAGGGGAAGGAGGGCGAUAGAGUGAGAACAAUGCGAGAGAAAGAAAAAAAGAUGAAUAGAUAGAAAAUGGCAUAAUCAGUUGAAAAAGAGCAAGAAGUUGGUGAAGAGACAGCAACAGGUGGGAGAGGGAAAAGAAGUUAGAAAAAAAGUGAGAGGAUGAGGUUAGGAAGGAAGACAAAAUGA